UCCUUCCCAAAUUUGUGUGGGUGAAGUUUCAGCCUUUUCUAGACUUCAUGGAUGGGGGGAUAGAAAUAAUAGAAAUAAUGUUAUUUUAAAAAUUCAGACCACUGGAAAGAAUUUCCUGCUUGAGCAGGGGGCUGAACUAGAAGACCUCCAAAGUCCCUUCCAGCUCUAUUCUGAUUGAUUGCAUCAAUCUACCAAUUAACCAUCGAGCUAAAUCUCUGAUUGGAAAAGACCCAUCAGCCCGCGUUUUUCAUUGACUGUUUCGUUGAUAGAACCACGAGUUAGCCAAUCACAUGUUGGCUAAGUGUGGCGCGAGUUCCACGCUUGUUAACUUUCAAAGUACCCUGCGGACUCGGCAACCAGUCUAAUUGGGGAUGUUGUCAGUCACCUAUUUGGGUGAAAGUCGCUUAAAGACAAGGAAUUACAUUCACACAAUAUGCCAAACCUGAUGAUUGUUAGCUUGAUCUUGUUAUUCAAACCAGACACUGAUCUGUAUACGAUUCAUUUAAGCGUACAAAUAUAAAAUACGGAUUAACCUAGUAACCAAACGAAGCAAAGGUUGUUGAAGUAAGUAAACAUUUUUGGAAAUAAAAUCUCUGAAGAGAGGAGGUCCUAAUAUUCCUGACAGAAGAACGAGGAGAGGUCAAGAUAAAAUCACACUUGAAAACAAAGGAAACUUUUAGACUCCUAGUCUCCGAAGUGUCUCUCUUUUUCGGGCUGCUGCAAAGAUCCGGAGUAUGACAGCGAAGAGUUGGAAAUCUAUUGGUCGUCCGGAUUUUUGCAGCCAGAUAUGGCAGUCCUACCUGCAAAUCUGCUUGUCCGUCGCAUCAAAGGCGAGAUCAGAGAAAAGGAUCCCUCAGCUUUCUGCGCUGCAGGAUUUGCGCCCUUCACCACUUUAUCUGCAUCUCUACAGCGAAUCAAUCCACCCAGGGCUAAACCUUCGAUUCAUUUGUGUUAAAAUUGCUGCUGACGGGAUCAGGAUUUGCGUAUUCAAAUAUCUUGAUCUCGCGCCUCUGUUGAUUUAUUCAUUCAUUCAUUUUUCUUACGGGUUUAUAAAGAGCAGCAGCCAAUCACGGCUCCGUUCUACAGCGCCUGCCUCGUUGCCAUAGGAGGCGUCGCCCUAUUUCCAUGGAAACAGCCCUGUGAGGUGGACUGGGCUGAGAAAGUGAUUAGCCCAAGGUAGCCAGCCAGCCUUCAAGCCUUAAGGGUCUUCUCGAUGCUAUAAUGGCCAAGUUGAUACAAGCACCUCCUAAGUUUCUGCCUCCCGAAUGGCACAUUGCUAACAAGGUCCAAUACAGUAGUGCCGAGGCCCAGCGGUCUCGUUCGGAACGCUUGGUAGAUGAGAGCCAGCGGUUGGUAGAUGAAAUUGAGAGAACCACUCAGAAGUCUCAGAGUGAUGUCAACAAGAGAAUAGAACAGAGACUUGAGGAGAUAAAAUUCUGGAAGCAGCAGUUGGAUGACAAGCUUGACCAGAUUGUGAAGGAGACUGAAGUGCUUUUGUCAUUCAAAACAAGGCUGGAAAAAGCUCUGGAGGGCUGCAAAGAACCACUUUUCACUGCUCAGGAGUGUCUCUUAAAUCGGGAAAGGCGGGUUGGUAUUGACUUAGUCCAUGAUGAAGUGGAACGGGAGCUGAUCAAGGAAGUUGAGGUCUUCCAGGGAGUUGUCGCUUUGCUUGAACGUACACUGGAGCAAACCGAUGAGCAACUCAGGCUUAAUCGCACGGCGAAAUACAAUCUUGAACAGGAUCUGAAGGAUAAAUUCACAGCCUUCACAAUUGACAACUAUUGCUCCAAUCUGACCAACAACUCCACUGAUAUUGGAUAUGCCCAAAAUGUUGUGAAGGUUGAGGAGAACUCAGUGAGUCCUGAACAAUGGAUGGAUUUCUCCAACACAAAUGUUGAAAAAGCUGACAAACAGCGAAACAAUUCUCUGGCCCUCAGAGCCUUGAUUGACAGCAUUUUGUCCCAGACUGCAAGUGACAUGCGCAAGCAAAACAGGACAGUAAACAUUGCAUUCCAGAAUAGGGUGAAGGAAACCAAGGAUGGCAAGAACAAAUUAGAAAUGCACUUGGCAAAGGUGAUGGAGGAGAUCAAUUCUCAGACAAAAAAUAUUGAUGCUCUGAAGAAAGCCAUCCUGGAUAAGGAGGGGCCAGUCAAGGUGGCCCAAACUCGCCUGGAUACCCGGACUCACCGUCCAAAUGUAGAGCUUUGCCGAGACAUGGUGCAGUAUCGACUCAUGAGUGAAGUGCAGGAAAUCUGCCAUAAUAUCCAGAGGCUGAAGGACACACUGGCUCAGGCUGAAAUAGAACUGAAAGGCCUACACCGCCGGCAGCUCUCUCUGGAGGAAGAGAUUGAAGUCAAAGCAAAUACACUUUACAUUGAUGAAGUGCUCUGCAUGCAGAUGAGAGAGUCCAUUUCCAUCAAUAAGUUCUGAUCCACGACGCUGGCAGAAUCUCUGCUGGCUGGACCCUACGAAUAGAUCUUGAAACAUUGGCUUAAACUUUCAAAAAUCUUUUAUAGAAGUCAAACAUCUGCCCUGAAUAAAUUAGUGAAACUUCA